UCUUGACUCUGGACCAUGGUAUCGUGCAGGCUGGCGAUUGGGAAACGAAGUGUAUGUCACCGUGAAAUGUGCGUCCAGGUCCACGUCAUUUUUUCUCGCGGACAACUCUGGGCGCUCCCGUCGUAAGUCAUAAAGGCUGAUUUGCUGCGGCAUCGCAUCUGAAAGCGGCGCACAUUCCCCUCACACGGCUUCUCUGCUUUUAACUCAUCUCCCAAUGGACGAUCUGCGUCGAGGUGUGAAGAAGAAAGGAAAAAAGGGCAUGACCACGCAGCCCAUGGCUACACCUGUGCCUAUACCCCGCACUGCGACGAGGGAGGAAGUUGUGUCAUCGUCGUUGCAAUCCGCCGUUACCGGGGGCGAUUUCACGAAUAAAGUAUUCUACGCAUACACUCGCAGGACGGCAUCGGGGGUUGUGGAUAGGCCUCAUCUAAUAUUUGCGAAUGAAGCGAUUCUGAGGAGCGUAUCAGAUUACUUCGUGACGCUCUUCCAAUGGGACAUCCAGGAUGGGCAUAUGUCUACCGAUGACUAUGACUACAUGUCCGAUAGUGACCUUGAUGAUGAUAACGACGAGGUCGAUGCAGACGGUAGAGGCACACCUCAUGAAUACUUAGACAGUCAACGGGUGCCUGAGUCGAGCCAGACUGCCACGGACGGCCCAUCGCGCCUCGCCAGGGGGCCGAGGGAAGAAGCCGAGAACUCCAAAACCUCAACAGGGAUUGCUACUCCUGUCUUAACAGAGGAUUCAUCGACGCCGCCGCAUACCCUUCCGGAAUCAACACCGUCGUCGCUUGUAACCGCAGUAGGCCCUGUCAGAAAACCUAUACCCCUCGAGACCGUCGCCUUCAAAACCUUCCAAUCCUUCGUUAUUUGGUGUCUCAUUGGGAAGAUUGCAUUCCUGCCGUUGAGAUCACAGCCGCCUUCCGUCCACAUGCAGUAUUCUAUGAAAUCCGCUGGACCGUAUGGGCCACCGCCGUGCUCACCGAAGUCAAUGUAUCGCCUUGCUCAUACGUUUGGCAUUGCUGAGCUGAAGAAGCUCGCGUUGGACGAUAUCAUGACGAAAAUCACUCCUGAUAACAUUCUUUCCGAGCUGGGCUCUUCAUUGACAAUCAGGUACACGGAACUUCAGGAGGCCGAAGUGAACAUGCUCAUACAGAAGGGACUCACGCCCGCUGUGCUCAGCACGAUGCCUCGGUGGCUCGCCGAGAUUAGCAGUUCACUUGGACCGCCGGGCUUGGAUAUCGUUGCGUUGCUUAUCCAGAAGAUGGCUCAGAACACAUCCGCGUUCCGGAAUUCGUCGAAUGGCGGCUGGUAUUAGUAGGCAGGAUGCGAUGUGUUUUGUCAGCUGUAUGUUGGCCGUUGUAGUUCUGAGUCGGUUCUAGUCUGGUGUACGUAAGCCAUGCAGGUUAUUGGUGACCCGGCGCAUGCCCAUGGUCUUGUAAUGGCUCAACAAAAAU